AUGGGGUUGGAUGCAUAUCUCAUGUCCUUUGACCUGGCUUGGGCGAAAGCCCUUGACGCAGGGGACCAGGAUGCGCUGCGGGAAUUCCGCAAAGCAGCGCGCACAGUUAAAGUCCAGUUCCAGUUGAUCCAUGAGUCUUUGGCCGUGGAGAAGAAGAAGUGGGAGCGGGGUGUGAAGUCCCGAAUUUCCCGAAUGGCUGCUGAAGAAGAGCGCAAGGAGUCCCAAGCCGAUGUGAUUGGCCGGGAGUUGCUGAAAAAAAGGUACGCUGAAGGCAAGCGACCCUCCGAGGUCCUCAGUCGCAUCUUCUCCACAUACCAGAGCUUCGAGGAGAGUGGCUUGAAUUCGUUCUAUGGCGGCGAGGAGACAGGCAACAACUUGUUUUGGGUGGCUGACUUGCCAGAGAUCCAGCAGCAGGUGUUAGGCUUCAUGGCAAGCAUGAUGUCUUUCAACCCUGCUAUCUCCACCGAGCUGGAUGCAGCGGUGCGGUCAGACUACUUGAUCCAGGCCGAGGCGGCGCUGGCGCGGCCGGGCUUCAGGGACAAAUCCUUGUUCGACUUGGCCCAAGCUAGCGAGGCCCUCACUGAGGCUCUCGCGCCUUGCCCGGAAACUCCUGCUUGCAUUCAACCGGGCCCAGAGGAGAAACCAGAUGGGCAGCCUGUGCCUGAGCCGGAGCAAACUGCUGAAGCAAAUUGGGUGCCGGAUGAGCCAGAAGCUACCAGUGCCCACCCCCCUGUGGAAAGCUUUUUCCCUCACUUGCUGCUGUCCCCUUUGCAGAAGGAUGUGCUCCAGCGCGUGAGUUUUGAAAAGCUUCAGCAGGCGGUGGAGCAUGCAAAUUUGCGUGCGGCCAAGAAUGUGACAAUUAUCGUGGGCCCUCCGUAUGUCGCAGAUUUUGCAGGUGCUCAUAUGGAUGCCACAGACCCUCGCGUGCACUUGCACAUAUGGGACCCGAAGUCUCAUUUGAGCAACCCGUCCCAGCUGGCUCACAAGUUCCCCUACCGCUUCUUGCCGCCAGUGGACUUGAGCUAUGCAAAAAAGUGCAUGGGCGCCAUUUUUGCAGAGCAAGAUGGCGAACGGAUCUUCCGAAGCUCAGACGCAAGCUUGUGGUUUGAUGCCAGGGUUACCACAGCCAAGCACGAGCUGCCAAAGGCCUUGGCGAAGGAGCUCAAAGCUUUGCCCAAAGAUCUCGUGCCAGCCCGCCCCUACGUGGAGUUCGAAUUCUUUUACCACAACCGGGAACACCAAGUAGGACACGCCAAGCCUGCUCACUCCAGGAGCACGGUUCACGCAUGCUUGCCUAGCCACACUGAGCUCGCCUACGGCGUGCUAGGCAAGUCCUUUUCCGUUCCCUUGAAGGAGCGGAAAUGGAUCGAUGUUCCAGGGACCAACCGCAGCCGAGGCUGGUCUGCCAAUUCCUUGCUGGACGAGAAGGACUUGAUCCAUGUGAGCUAUGAAGUGCAGCAGAAGCUUCACUCUUUGAGCUCAGCGCAGAAGACAGUGGAGCAACAGCUGUUGGAAUCUGAAGACCAGGAGCAGAAGGCAGGCGCCGAAGACCAGAAGACCAUCCCCCCAGACGCCAUGUCCAUGCUUUGGCCUUGGCAGGUUGGCGAGGCUUUCUGGAAGGAGCUGUACGAAAGCUUGACAGCAAACCCGUGCAAGGACUUGCUUGUGAUGACCGGGACCCCCUCCGCGCCAGGUGCGCUGGCAGCAGCGCGGCUGGGCUGUGGCUAUGUAGGAUGGGUAGCCAGCUCCUUGCACAAGUCGGUGAUCAUGGAGACCGCUGUGUUGCAUAUCACUUGUGACUGCUUGUUGGGCAACCGUGUGGACUGGGGCAGACGCUUCCUCAGCCGCGCAGCAUCUCUGAAUGGCACGGAGGCUGUUCCAGAAACCCAGGUUGGCGGAGGCCUGCAAGGCGCUGAAUCCCAGGCCCAAGAUGAGGCAGCCACCCCGCGGAAGGAGAACAAGCAGGCGGAGGAUGGCGGCUGUGAGUCCUCCUCGAGCUCGGAUUCCUGA